CUUAAUUUGUCUGAAUGGCAGUCUGAAUUUGUAUACACACAAACCUUAAUAGUGAUUAAGGCUAUUUAGAGAAAGUUCACAGCUUUCUUUAGGGAUGCAUUGAAAUUUUGACCACCUAAAUGUUUUGGCUGAAAAUGUUAUAAAUGGGCGUUUUUGGCCAUAAUGAAAACAAAAAGGCAGAAACUCUUUGCUGAAAAUUUUAACAGAAACUGUUACUUUAUAAUCCAACAUCAGAAACAUUAACAUGGAGAAAAGGCAACAAUCAUUUAAUGUGAAAUUAUCCUGGUUUAAUUCAAUUUAAUUAUAAAUGCAGAUGAUGAUAAUAUAUUGAUCUGUUUUAAAAUAGUAAAAUCUGAUGUAACAUCUUUGUAUAGCUUUAAAGGAACAUUCAGUGUGCAAUACAAGUGAUGCUUAAUCGGCAGCAUUUGUGGCAUAGUAUUGAUUACCACAAAUUUAGUUAGACUCAUCCCUCUUAAAAAAAAAAAAAAAGCAAACUUCGCACUUACAAUGGAAGUGAAAGUUUAUGUAACUCGUAUUGAACCCGGAAUAUUCCUUUAACUGGCUCAAACAGUUGUUUACAGAAUUGAGGAACUCUCUAGGGCUGAUAUAAAGGCUGUGAGCACAUACUGUUGUGCAACAAAGUUAGUUACUGUGGUAAAAGAAAGAGCACCAAGAUGUGACCAGACUACAGAGGCCACUAAUGAAACAACACUAUUGCCAGUGUGCCUAUUGUCAUUUGCCAAGAAUUUGCCACUAGCCCUUUAGAUUUAUUUAUACAGACAAGAUGGCAUCAAUCUGUGUAUGUCAGACUGUAACACUGGGGUGAAAGACUUGCCCAGAGUCUUUGUUGAUGUUUGGGACUGGAUAACUGGACAUUUGGGAUGGAGGCUAUAUAGACAAGCGCUGUAUAAAAGAUAGUGAGUAGCUUCUUCCUGUAGCUUUUUGCAGGUUGACAAAUCAGAUUUUGAUUGGUUAUUGUAUAGGUGCUUGCUCAACUCAAACUCAAAGUUUUUUCUCUUUUGAAAUUCACUUUAAUCAUGGCUCGUCCCUUGUUUCAUCGUAAUGGUUGCUGGGACCCUCUCCAGGGCAGGACACAAAUAAAACUUUUCGACCAAAACACCAGCUGCCCCUGUUUCCUUAAACCUGACGAGGUUAGCUGGAUUGACUUAGCCAGGGAACGAUUGAGCACAUCUACAUGGCCAGGAUCUAUGUACGUGCCUCUCUUUAGCUCAUUGUGUAUGGAGAUUCCAUCUACAUCAUUUACUGGAUCCAAAGGACCAGUUUCCGAUGCUAUGUGUGAAAAAACAAAAGGGCAGCAUAACUGGAAAAUCUGUCUAAAUGUUCAUCCAUUUUCUUCUGAGGAGAUUAGCAUCAAAACCAAGGAGGGAUAUUUGGAGAUAAAAGGUAAUCGUGAGGAAUGGCAGGAAAAUAAUAGAUUAAUCUCCAGAAGCUUUACAAGAAAAUACAAGCUUCCAGUUGACUUAGACCUAAAACAGAUCAGCUCCAUGCUGUCUCCAGAUGGUACUCUCUCAGUAGAGGCCCCAUUACCUGGCUCUAAUGUCAGUCUCCCUGAAGAGAUUGUCAUCCCUAUUCACAUUAUGGAAAAACAGGACUUACCGGCAAAGUAACUCACAGUUAUCAGUUGUGCAAAUGAUUAAUAUUCAAAGUAAUUAAUGUGUUUUCUUAACACAACUUUUUGUGAAAAAAAAAAUAAAAAAAAAAAAGAUCAUAACCUUUUAUUUUUGAUGGCUAACAUUAGAAGUAUUUAUAAAUACUGUUUUUGCAACAGACUAUGUAUAGUAUCAUAAUCAUAACCAAAUUACAAACAUUACUGCAUGCAGUAGUGUAAAUUGUGCUGUAUACAGAAUGUUCUAUGUUGUUGUUUUUUAUCAUGCUGAUUUAAAUUUUUUCAAAGAUGACUGAUCAAAUGCAACAAAUAAGUACUAAGGAGUUAAAGAGUGACUAGAGUUUCCCCAGUCUUAAGAAUACAUGUGAAAAUGCUUUAGAUUUGGGAUAAUAUCGAGUAAUGUCAGGACAAUGCCUAUGUUUUUUAAGACUGGAGUUAGAAUGGUGACUUGUGUCACUGAAUGAUAUAAACAGCCGCAAAAUAUAAUACCAGAUAUAAAUAAUAUUUAAUAACCUUAUAUAAGUACAUGAAAUGAGUAGAUGAUUCUCUUUCAAUUGCACUAUUGUCUAGUAAAAUCAAAAACUAGGUGAGCAAAUAACUAAAUCUAAAGAGCUUCAGGUCACUUCCUCUAGGUGGUGUUGGUGCUCAGCAAUACUGUUGACACCAGAUGCUCUGUACGCUUCUCCACUGAGCAAACUGCCGACAGAGGCAGUUAUGAAACCAACGCCUUCUUUGGUUUCCUGCUUGAGCUGAUCAGAAGUAUGCAGAAGUUUUCCCUUACCUCCACAGUAAUACCUUGACUAUUUUUGAACAUGUUCCACAUAUUUCACCACCUUGCUCUGGAUCAGUCAUCAGAUGACGGGUCUCAGUUACACUAAGCAUGGUAAAGAAGGGCAACGAGUUUGCAAAUGAUCAAGAUUUUUGCUGAUGCUUUUACUCUUAUAUGAUUUAAUUGAGAAUGCUGUUCUCAGAUAUGUAAUAUGAGUUGGACAGCGGACUUAUCCUCUAUUAUACAAAUACUAGAGAUGACCAUGUGUGCCUUUUCAGAACUAUUAGCCAUGUUUGUGUUUAUUCUCCAUAUAAGGUUUUUAGAAAUGCUUCAACAACAACAAAAAAGCAACCAGGAUGUGUUUUUGUGUGUUAUCUGAAAGAUUACUGAGCAUCUGGCACAAGGCUGUUAUACUAUUAUCCUACCCAUUGACAGAGUUGGGAGGGUUACUUUUGAAAUGUAUUCCACUACAGAUUACAGAAUACAUGCUGUAAAAUGUAAUUUGUAACGUAUUCCAUUAGAUUACUCAAGGUCAGUAACGUAUUCUAAAUACUUUGGAUUACUUCUUCAGCACUGGUAGAUUUUGUUUCACUUGUUUUGACUAUAAAAACUCUGCCAUGUUAAAAAUACAUUCUCUGAAAAACCUAAAUAUCUUAUGCAGUGUUGUUUCUAAAACAAGAUAAAUCAAAUUGAUCUUGUUUUAAGGAAGUUUUUAUAGAUAUUUUUACAGGAAAACAACACAACAAUUAUUAUCAAGAAUAUGAUUUUUGCCCUAAUAUCAAAGGUAUUACUAGAAAAAAAUUUAUUAUGAUCCAACGUGAAUUUUCUUGAUAAAAAAAUAUGAUUAUGCCUGGUAACAUUUUUAUGUAAAAUGGCUAGAAAUAGCAUUUUAGUUUAGCGUAAAGCUGACAAUUUACACAAGGUUUAUUUCGAUUUCUUCUGCUCCAAACUUACUUCAAACUUACUUCUCUGUCUGCUCGUAUGAAUGUAACACAUCAUAAGAAAGUGUUUCACCGCUGUUCAAAUGCACUUUGGAUCACAUCAUUUAUAUGUAAAAAUGUUUUUCAUCUUAAAGGACUAAAUAUUAAAUGAAACAAAUGACAAUAAAAUGCAAAGUAAUCUCUUCAAUAAUCAAAAUACUUUUUGAAUGUGAUGUAGAAGUUUCUAAUCUUUAGCCUAUCAUGUGUUAUUAGAAACAACUGAAGACAAUGUAUGUCAUUUUUCAUAAGUCUAUCAUUGUUAGAUUUUAGUUUCUUGAUUUAGUUAUUUGUACUGCAAAGUAUUUGUUGCUUGGAGCACUAAACAGCUUCCUCUCAUUCAGUUGUUAAUGUCUCAGUAUGUUCUCUUGAUCAUUUUACAUCAUAAUAAAAUGGCAAUCUGUUUGAACAGAUAAUCAAGUCUAAUCAUUAAUAAUCAAGUAGAGUAAAAAGCUAGUAAAUAACUGACAAUUCGAUUUUCUGUAUUUCCUGAAUCAAUUAGUCAAUAAAGUCAAGGAUGUCCACCCACCAGUAAAGAAUCUAUUGUAUUUUACAGAGGCUUAACCUAUUAAAAUACUUAUAUGAUUGCUGUCGGUGUAUGCCAGAUUUAGUUGAGGGUUGGAACUGGUCCUGUAAAUGUACACAGUGUAACACAGCAACA